AAAACCGACCCUCAAGUCAACCAGUUUUGCAACAAGUACUCAGUUGUAGUUGAUUUGUCACAUGGCCAGCCCGUAUCCAAUGGUUUUGCUCCAAAAUGCCCGUCCGGAUCGUUUGCUUCGACAGAAGCUUUUGUUUUAAACAAUUGCAAUGUAAGCGCCCCUGACAUGUGGCGUCAAGGAAAGCAGGUUAUGAGCGAGUGUAACUCCAUUCCAACGUAUACGGCAAUUGGAACUUACCUGCAUGGGGUGUAUCCUGUUGGUACUGGCUUAUCAGGCGUGUUUCUCGAAUGCCUUCCAAACGGUUUUAAGAUUGCUCUUCAAUUGCACUGCGACCAAACGCCAGAAGUCCGAUCUAUUGAGCAAGGAGGUGUUGGAUUCCUCGACCCCAACGUCUACUACACAAUUGCUUAAUACUCAUGUAGACUAGUUCUAUUUUCUUGCAACUUUGGUUAAAAA